GCUCUUUCUGUUUUCCUAUUGAGAGAAUCAAAAACAGAAACUGAAAUUUAAUUGAGACAGUAAUGGCGGUACCGCGUAAUGGAAUGAUGGAAGAAGAUGACAAUGAAGAGGACAAUGCUCUCUUCGAAGAAGAUGGUGUCAAUUUGGACCUCGAAUCCGACACUCCUCCGCAUCUCCGUGAACUCGCCGCCGCUGCUCAGCUCGGUGACGUUCAAGCCCUCCGUCUUGCUCUAGAUAACUUGAGUGGUAGCAUUGAUGAACCGGUUGAAGAUGGAGACACUGCUCUCCAUCUGGCUUGUCUAUAUGGCUAUCUGCCUUGUGUCCAGUUGCUUUUGGAAAGAGGGGCUAAUAUGGAGGUUGUGGAUGAAGAUGGAGCUAUACCUCUGCAUGAUGCCUGUGCUGGAGGAUUUAUUGAGAUAGUACAAUUUCUCAUUAACAGUGCUAACAAUACUGCAUGUGUGAAAAGGAUGUUGGAAACUGUUGAUGCAGAAGGUGAUAAUCCUCUUCAUCAUGCGGCAAGAGGUGAACAUGUGGAUGUUAUCAGAAUUUUGCUCGAUUCUGGUGCUUUGCCCACAAAGGCAAACUUAGCUGGGAAGAUCCCAAGUGAGUUAGCUGAUCCUAAUACUGAGGCUAGGAGAAUCUUGGAAGCUGCUGCUAAUGCUACUGCUACUGCUAAUGCAUAGGCUUGCCGGUAAACUUAACCUGCUGGUUGAAGAUAUUUUACCUUUUGGCUCUUGGGUGCUGUUUCUAGCUAUUUUUAUGGUUAGGUUACAGUGACAGGUUUUUAGAUGGAGAGAAAUCUGUCUCUGAUCUCUACGUGGAAGAAUUGAGCAUACAACUAUUCCAUACAUUUUAUUUAUGAGGAAACAUACUUAAUAUAAACAAAUCCUUAUACAAGUGACAUUACUUUUUUACGUCA